AUGGGCGGCUGCAGCAUCCUCCUCCUCCUGCUGGCCCGCCGGCCGCUCCGUGCCCGCACCUGCGGCCGCGCCGCCUCCUCGCUGAGCGCGCUGCGGCCGGCGGAGACGCUGCCCGGGCCGCCCAGCUGGCCCCUGAUGGGCAGCCUGCCCGACGUGCUCUGGAAAGGGGGGCUCAAGAGGCAGCACGAGACCCUGGCUCAGUACCACCGGCGCUUCGGGAAGAUUUUCCGCAUGAAGCUGGGCGCCUUCGACUCGGUGCACAUCGCGGCGCCGUGCCUGCUGGAGGCUCUGUACCGCCGCGAGAGCGCCUGCCCGCAGCGCCUCGAGAUCAAGCCCUGGAAAGCCUAUCGCGACUAUCGCGGCGAAGCCUACGGGCUGCUCAUCCUGGAGGGAAAGGACUGGCAGAGGGUCAGAAGUGCCUUUCAGAAGAAGCUGAUGAAGCCCCGGGAGGUUGUGAAGCUGGACACGGCGAUCAAUGAGGUCCUGGAGGAUUUUAUGUACAGAAUAGAUGAAAUUUGCGACCACAAUGGCCAGAUGGAAGAUAUCUAUUCAGAAUUCAACAAAUGGUCUUUUGAAAGUAUCUGCCUGGUGCUGUAUGGAAAGCGGUUUGGCCUCCUGCAGCAGGACGUGGAAGAAGAAAGUCUGAACUUCAUCAAGGCUGUAAAAACGAUGAUGGCCACGUUCGGGAUGAUGAUGGUGACCCCUGUGGAGCUGCACAAGGGGCUCAACACCAAGGUCUGGCAAGCUCACACCAAAGCAUGGGAUGAUAUAUUCAAAACAGCCAAGCACUCCAUCGACAGCCGGCUGCAGAAGCACUCUGCCGACCCGCAGGGGGAUUUUCUGUGUGACAUCUACUCGGGGGGACAGCUGUCCAGGAAGGAGCUGUACGCUGCCAUCGCUGAGCUGCAGAUCGCCGGCGUCGAGACGACAGCCAACAGUUUGCUGUGGGCUCUGUACAACCUCUCCCGCAACCCCCACGUCCAGCAGAAGCUUUUCCAGGAAAUCCAGAGAGUUUUGGGUGCCCAGCAGAGCCCGAGUGCUGAGAGCCUGAGGAACAUGCCCUACCUGAAAGCCUGUCUGAAAGAGUCUAUGAGAUUAACCCCAUCAGUGCCUUUCACCACCCGCACCAUCGACACAGAAAUGGUUCUGGGAAAUUACAUGCUGCCCAAAGGGACGGUGCUGAUGAUCAACAGCCACGCCCUGGGCUGCAGCGAGGACUAUUUCAGGGGCUGGGCAGAGUUCAGGCCCGAGCGCUGGCUGCUCAGGGGCUCCAUCCACCCCUUCUCCCACGUGCCCUUCGGCAUCGGCAGGAGGAUGUGCGUGGGGCGCCGCCUGGCCGAGCUGCAGCUGCACCUGGCCCUCUGCUGGCUGAUCCGCAGGUACCGCGUGCUGGCCACGGACCGGGAGCCGCUGGAGACGCUGCACUCGGGGAUCCUCAUCCCCAGCAGGGCCCUGCCCAUCGCCCUGCAGCCACGAGCAGGUGGCAAGAAAUAAAGGACAGCCCUGCUGCUGCCUUCUCCUGAGAGAGACAUGAGCUGUGGGAGCCAGAGCUCUGGAG